CGACGACCGCGACCAACAGCGGGAAAACUUUUCUGCGGCACAGCACCUCCAAUUUUUACCAUCGUACUCCACUGACAAACAGAUCUUUGUAGAGGACCACGCUAUCUUUCUCCUUCCUGGCGCGAAGGAACGAAAGAGGCGACAUCAGUUUUCUGCGGCACGAGGACAUCUCCAUCUCCAGGUGUCGUCCUGUGCCGGAACAAUAUUGAACAAGCAAAUAAAUUUGCUGUGUCGCUGGGGCACCAGGUAAAAAGUACAACUCCCCGCUGCUUUUUAUUUUUUUUGCACGUUUUCGAAGCGUGGUCGUCGUGGUGCAGUGUUUGCAAGGAAGCCGGACAACAAAAACCAACUCUGCAAUCAAAAUCAUCUUUUUGUAUAAAAUUCCUCUACUCAAACUUCAAUAUUGCAAUAUAAAUUACAGGUAGCUGCGUCGUUACCGCGGAAGCGGCCUUAUUCGUGGUACCCCGCUCAGACGAGCGCGCGGCGGAAUAAACGAACCGUGCUUCAUAUACUGCGACGGCCGACGCGUAGUUCUUCUAGUAGUAUGCAUUGCAAAUAUCGAUCGGGGUCUGGAAGGAUGCACACUUGUCAUGCUGAUUCUGGAACGGGCGAGCAUCUACAUAAUUACAUAGUCAGCAAAAGAUGGGCCAUUUAGAUUUUCCUCUCCAAGGGACAGCAUGCUCUGUGUGCAUUCGAGCUUGUUUUUUUGCAGAUGCACAAACUGCAUCACAAAUGCCCCUAUGCCGUUCCGGAGCCUGUGCAGGCUUGCCUCCUCAGCGUUGCUGGACAAUGGCAAUGUCGGUGCGGUUGUUUUAGCAUCACAAAUGCCCCUUUCUUCCAGACGAAGAUAUGUUUGCAUUUGAUACAGAGGUACGUCCGUAGAACAAUUUAUGAUUUGCAGACGGGAAACAGUUGGAGACAUCAAUUUUCUGUGACGGCACAAGAACAUCAUCUCCGAGGGAGGUCAUUCUGUGCAGGGAACAAGCAAAUUUGCUGCGUCGCGGGAGGAGCAGCUGUGUACUUACUACCACUUUUUUUUUUUGGUAUUUUUUAUAUAUCUAACAGCGAAAGUAGGCACCUCAACUGAUGACUGAGUGACGUUUCGCUUGUUCAUCAUCAUCCUGCAGGUAUCUUCCGACCACUCGGACAAGCGCGCAGCGGAAUAAGCGGACCGUGCCUGUUCGACUGCGACGGCGACGGGUAGUUCUUUGUUCUCCUUCUUCUAUCCUGUGUAAAAACGCCCCCAACCCGUAGUCAAGAUGGAAGAUUUGCUACACAAAUCAACCAGCUGUGGCUGUUGCGCAUGAAAGGUUUGGCCUCGCAGUGUAAUCCUCUUCAGCUGUAGUUCUUCAGCUAGCAUAUCCAUCGCAGCUGAGUCGAGCAUGAAAAAUUCCGAAACGUCACGAAUAGGGAAUGCUUCUCAUGGGGCUCCGCAUGAGAAACAUUCUCAGCAUGCCGAUUUGCAUUACAACUACUGGGUGGGGAUGUUUUUCCAUAGGAGAUAUCUCAUCCGGACCACAGCCAAGUGCCCGCGUUCCUCUUUUGUGCUUUGCAAAUAUGUCUGGGUCUACUGGAAGGAUGCAAGGUUUUUCAAGCUUGUGUGGCAUGACUGAAGAGUUUUUGAUGCGUGUCCGAGAAGAAACCUUUUUGCUUGUGAUGCAAAAACGCAGUUUGUCAUGCGAAAAGCGCGACACUAAGAUGAAAGCCGCGCAAGUAUUUCUCAUGCUCGGCUGUGCAUAUUGCAGGGGAUUCACUAGCACCUAUUCACAAUCACAACCCAGCAUCAGAGAUGAAAUAAACUUGUCAUGCUCGGCGGUGCAUUUUACAGUGUGCUCAUUAUUCAUUGACAUGCAUCACAACUUUCCAGACUGGGACAUAUCUGCACUUGAUACAUCCCGCGAACACCUCUCGACGACCGCGACCAACAGCGGGAAAACUUUUCUGCGGCUAUCCUGUGCAAAAGUAUCGUACUAACUCGUAUUGCAAUCAUGCAUCACAAAUCUUUUUGUUAAUUCAAAUCCGCAUUACAAAUUUCAGUUCUCAUGCUGAGGAAAUUUGUAAUGAAAAUGAAAUGCUGAGGAAAUUUGUAAUGCAUUUAUACGAGUGCGAUACUUUUGCAGUUCAUAGCGGCACAGCACCUCCUUCAAUUUUUACCAUCGUACUCCACUGACAAGCAGAUCUUUGUAGAGGACCAGGUUAUCUUUCUCCUUCCUGGCGCGAAGCAGGAACGAAAAGGGUGCUGCAAGGAAGGAGCAGAUCCAGGAGCAUCGAACGUUUUGCCAUCAUCCAACCAGGACGGAAACUGCAAAGUAACAUCAACAUGCCGGUAGUAGAAGCCCACGGCCAGAUGACGCAAAUAAAAAGGGGGUCUACAAAUAUCAAAACGGUGGACAUUGGCACGCCUGCGAAAAGAAGACCGGGUAGUUGUGCGGUAAAAACAAAAAGAACAACGUUCUGCUCAUCUGCUACUUUGACUUUCGCUGGUGCAACAACAAAAACAUCUUCGUUUUCGGCGAGUCUCCGCGAUUUUUCGUCCCUCUUCCAGCGCUGGGUGAGUGUCAAGCUGCCAGCUAUGCGUUGCAUGACGAGUAUCGCACUAGUAUAGAAAUCGCAUUUACAAGUUGAGAAGUGCAGUUGGUAUAUGGUGAUUUUGUUACAACCGUAAAGGACACAUUUGUCAUGCGUGUUUGCUGCAAUGGGUUUUGUUUUUGAUUGUAUCUCGUACGAGUACGAUACUUUUGCACAGGAUUUCGAUGAUGGUGAUGCAACUGCUAUCCAAAGGAAAAAGUGUAUCAGUAAACACGUUGAUAGAUGCGUAGUUGCGACAAGACAAGCAGCACAAGCGACCGCUGCCAUGCCACAAAUGCUACAGCAGCUAUGGAGCGCCUAGUUUCGUGCGUGUUUUCCUCCUUUAACUUUACGAGCUCACUUUGUUGUUCUUUUUUAUGUAGUUGGUGAUGCAACGAAGACGAACGUGUUUCUUGCAUUUUUUUCAUGUGAUAGCCCUUCUUCCUGUUCUUCGCGGCGCAUGAGUUCUUGUUUCCAUUCUAGUACGCAUUGCAAAUAUGUCUGGGUCCUCCGGACCAACAAGAAAUGCAUAUCUGUAUUGCACAAUUCGAAUGCACCAGCCAAGACUUUCGAUGCAUAUUAAAGCGGAUCGGGGGGAGCACCGCUGCGUAGCGUGUCAUGCAAAUAAUAAAGUGCGGUUUGGUUUCUCGUCUUCACUCCAGGUGCGCAUUCUUGUGAACCCGUCGAAGUCGAAAAUUUGUCAGAAGUCGAAAAUUUGUCAUGCGUGGAUCGUAAGUGCUGUGCUGCAGCUCAAGCUGAAGUUCGUUUUUACAUUAAUCAACAAGGUGUGUCCUCGUGUUGACAAGUUUCCAGUCCCAGACAGAUUGCGGUCGAUACUUCUGUCCUCGCGUUCGACAUUGACUUCUCGGGAAUAUUCACGGGGGAGCACGACGACGGAUAUACCAAAACGGAGUUUAUUAACCUUCUCGAAACCAACAACCUCCAUCACGACCUCCCACCCGGCAUGAAUGCGGGGGAUGCUUUCGACAGUAUAAAUGACAUGAUAUAGUUUUUGUGCGAUCAUGUUGCACUCUUAUUAUGGGCCCACAUCGCAUGCAUUUCAUGUAGCUUUUGAGCAAAGUCUGCCAACACCAAAUGAAAGAUCGUGGGCAUCCAUGUUUGCACCUCCUGUGCUGUACUUGUAGUGGCGGGGACCUUCUACAUUGUGGAUAUUUUCGUCACAAAAUAAAAUAAAAAAUAAAAUUACCAGUUUUGAACCAGGACGGCGGGAAUCUCGAGUCGACCGACCUGGAAAACUGGAACGGCCAAGGAGACAACGAGCAUCAUCAUCUGAGUACCACAGAAUGGGAGCGAGCCUGGGCGACCUCCAUCGGGACUUGUGCAACGAGCUGGGACGACUAUAGAGACGAACAUCCUCAUGAACAGGGUGGCCUAAAUGAGGAGCAGUACAACGCAAUAGCCGGGGAAGACGGCCACCUGAAAUACAAGGAAAUGUACGACCACAGCCAAAUCUCCCACGACGCACAAUACGGAAUUACAUGCUAUAAUUCGUAAUGCCUAUGCCAUGAUUUAUUGCGAUCAGUUGAGUAUGAAUCUUUUUCAUCCACCUCGCGCCUGUCGAACACUGUGCGCUUGCGCAGGCAAGUUGUCGGGCCACAACACGCCUGGAGGUCCCACAUCAUGCUAGUUGUGCACUCUAUCGCACAAAAAUGAUGAAAAACACGCUUGUAGUAUUUGUCAAUCGGGUCUGCCAUAGUUAGUACUCGACCAUUCGUGAACAUAUGGUGUAAUACGAAUUUUUUUUCCUGGGAUAGUGGCGCGGCCGUUGAAAAGGAGAACCUGAGCAACCAGUGGACGAGCGACGGGGGCAUGGAGUACGACGAGUACCAGAUAGCAGCGGAAACUCACGACCUCGGAGAGUGGGAGCAUGAUCACCCGAUGACGAGGAUAUCAAAUGCAAAUAUGUCUGGGUCUGGAAAGUUGCAAUUUGUAGAGUGCUGGUCUUGCAUAAUGGGAUCUGUAUUGCAUGACCCACAAAUAAAGUCGCAGCCUCUCUUGUCAUACAAAAACGCAGUUUCUCAUGCGGAGCGCGUAUGAGGAAGCGUUCUGCAAACUUGUCAUGCUCUCCUGCAUGAGGGAGCGUUUGCGUCAUGCGCAUUUUAGCAGCACAAUUUUUCAGACCCAGACAUAUUUGCAAUCCAUAGGACGACGACUUCCACCAGGCAGUCGGGGAACACAUGACCAAGGAGGAAUAUCUCGCCCUGCGUGCGCCGGAGGGCGGACAGGUUGGAAUCUUCCACUAUAGCUCCUUGCAUUGGUUGGAUUCAGUAGGUGUUUUCCACUAUAGCUCCUUGCAUUUAUUUUUCGGAACUGGUCGUGACACUAGUUAUCCGAGUUUGUUUGAUAACCUUAUUUCGUUCCCCAUCAAGAACAAAAUCACUUGUUUCAGGGUUAUCGCAGUGAAGCAGCGCCCUACUUUCAUCUUUUUUCCUUCGAUAUCCAUACUGUCAUGUUUUGCAUGGACGAUCGGAUCUGUGAGGUUGACGCGCUCUGCUUUUGCAUCUUCGCGAACACGUGAGUUUCUGAUCCGUUUCUGCAGGUCUGAAACAAUAAAAAGAAGUCCUCGACUAAGUAUAGAUAUUUUUACACACAGUGUCUCACAAUUACAUGUUUGUAGUGUGGUGCAAGCUAGCAAGGCACCAGCUGUGUUUAAAAAUGGAAAAGAUGAAAAUAUGAUGGCAACUUUGUUCGGCGUGAUACGAACGUGGGUGGGGACUUACAGCUUCUUGGACGUACUGCUGCCGCAGGAGCCCUUGGCCUCACAGCUAUCAAGCUGUUGUCCAACAAGAGCAAGGAGAAAGCGAAAGCGAAGGGCUCACGUGAAGAAAAGGAACCCCUGUUGGGUGACGGGAAAAAAGAAUCUAAAAAGGGCGCAGGAAAAAAAGUGA